ACCAUCGUGGGCAUCAUCCGGCACGCGGAGAAGGCACCCACGAACAUCCUCUACAAGGUGGAUGACAUGACAGCAGCCCCCAUGGACGUCAGGCAGUGGGUCGACACUGAUGAGGCAGGAGGUGAGAACGUUGUGGUACCUCCAGGAACUUAUGUCAAAGUUGCUGGUCACCUUCGCUCCUUCCAGAAUAAGAAGAGCCUGGUGGCAUUUAAGAUCAUGCCUCUGGAGAACAUGAAUGAGUUCACUGCACACAUACUGGAGAUUGUCAAUGCACAUAUGAUCCUCAGGAAGAACCUUAUGUCAGCAUCAAGAGUGCCACAGUCAUUUCCCUCCGCUGGGAUAAGUCAUAUGGGAAGCUAUGGGGGAGGUGGCAGCCUGCCAGUGAAUGGACUCACAGCACACCAGAGCCAGGUGCUGAACUUGAUCAAAAGCUGCCCUGUCCCAGAAGGUAUGAGUCUGCAAGAGUUGAAACUUCAGCUCAAAAAUAUGAGCAUGUCAACCAUCAAGCAAGCAGUGGAUUUCCUCAGCAGUGAGGGACACAUCUAUUCCACCGUGGAUGAUGAUCACUAUAAGUCAACAGAUACUGAGUGA